AGCGCGCAGCCUGCCCCGCGCCGCCGGCAAGCUGGGUCUUGGGAAUUCGGGUUUGCUUUGGCGCGCUCGCUCUUACAAACCACUGGAUCUUACAUGCCUCCGUGCCCCCCUACGUCCACUCCAUGUCCCCAUGCUCCGGCGCCAGCAACAGGACCUGUUCUCUGGAUGUCAGCUGAGUUACUAAGGUGACUCUGCAUGUCCGUAGACAGACCUUGGUAGAACCUCAAGGCUCCUGGAGAUCCCCCGUCUCUCCUUCUUUAUUUUUUUGGUGUGUGUCCUCACUGAGCAUUCAAAACUGUUUCUCCAAAGGUUUUUGCAAAAACUCAGACUGUUUUCCAAAGCAGAAGCACUGGAGUCCCCAGCAGAAGCGAUGGGCAGUGUGCGGACCAACCGCUACAGCAUCGUGUCUUCCGAAGAAGACGGCAUGAAGCUGGCCACCAUGGCGGUUGCAAAUGGCUUUGGGAACGGGAAGAGCAAAGUCCACACCCGACAGCAGUGCAGGAGCCGCUUCGUGAAGAAGGACGGGCACUGCAACGUCCAGUUCAUCAACGUGGGGGAGAAGGGACAACGGUACCUCGCGGACAUCUUCACCACGUGCGUGGACAUCCGCUGGCGGUGGAUGCUGGUUAUCUUCUGCCUGGCCUUCGUGCUCUCGUGGCUGUUUUUCGGCUGUGUGUUUUGGCUGAUAGCUCUGCUCCAUGGGGAUCUGGAUGCAACGAAGGAGAGCAAAGCCUGUGUGUCUGAGGUCAAGAGUUUCACGGCCGCCUUCCUCUUCUCCAUUGAGACCCAGACCACCAUAGGCUAUGGUUUCCGGUGCGUCACGGACGAAUGCCCGAUCGCUGUGUUCAUGGUGGUAUUCCAGUCCAUCGUGGGCUGCAUCAUCGACGCCUUUAUCAUUGGCGCAGUCAUGGCCAAGAUGGCCAAACCCAAGAAGAGAAACGAGACUCUUGUCUUCAGUCACAACGCCGUGAUCGCCAUGAGAGAUGGCAAGCUGUGUCUGAUGUGGCGAGUGGGCAAUCUUCGGAAAAGCCACCUGGUGGAGGCUCAUGUUCGAGCCCAGCUCCUCAAAUCCAGAAUUACUUCGGAAGGGGAGUACAUCCCCCUGGAUCAGAUAGAUAUCAACGUUGGGUUUGACAGUGGAAUCGAUCGUAUAUUCCUGGUGUCCCCGAUCACCAUAGUCCAUGAAAUCGAUGAAGACAGCCCUUUCUAUGACUUGAGUAAGCAGGACAUUGACAAUGCAGACUUUGAAAUUGUCGUGAUCCUGGAAGGCAUGGUGGAGGCCACUGCCAUGACCACCCAGUGCCGGAGCUCGUAUCUGGCCAACGAAAUCCUCUGGGGCCACCGCUACGAGCCUGUCCUCUUUGAGGAGAAACAUUACUACAAAGUGGACUAUUCGAGGUUCCACAAGACUUACGAAGUCCCCAACACGCCCCUGUGCAGCGCCAGAGACUUAGCAGAAAAGAAAUAUAUCCUCUCCAAUGCAAAUUCAUUUUGCUAUGAAAAUGAAGUUGCCCUCACGAGCAAAGAGGAAGACGACAGUGACAAUGGCGUUCCAGAAAGCACAAGUACGGACACGCCCCCUGACCUAGACCUUCACAACCAGGCAAGCGUACCUCUAGAGCCCAGGCCCUUAAGGCGAGAAUCAGAAAUAUGACUGACCGAUUCCUUCUCGGGAAUAGUUACGUUCAAACACAGUCUGUUGGUCAAAGGCCCCAAACAGUGAUUCAGACGACGGUACUGGCGAAGAGGUGGGUCAAGGCAAGUGGCCACCAGGGACUGAGGCUAGCCUGAUGGUUUCAGAGGAAGACUCUCGGCUCAGAGAUGGACGGAACGCACUCAACACGCCUCCCCAUGACCCGACGGCACAUAGACAUGUUGUAGAAUAAGUUAUGGGGUGUUUCUGUUUCGUUUUGUGUUUUUAUGAGACUUGAACUUGCAGGCAAGUCUUGGUUGGGUAUUUGACUUAUCCAGAAUGCUUCUCUUUAGGGAACAAGAAUGUUUUUAAUGGCAUAACAAAGGCAAGACUCUCUGCCUUAAUCUCGAAAAGCUGCUAACUACAUGAACACAAAUUAUAUUUUUGUUGCAGUGUAGUUUUUCUUUAGUGUAAUUUAAAAGUCAGUAUUGAACUUGGUUGAAAGCUCAUGAUAUGCGCUUCAAAGUGCCAAAACAAGAGCCUGAUUUUUUGAGGCCAGUAAUUUGUUUGCUAGAAUUGAUUUUUUUUUUUUUUUCUCUC